AUGGUACUUCUCACGCAGCAUAUCUCCUGGGACCGUAUCGCAGCCCAUUCGGACGUUAAUAACGACGAAGGUGGGAAAGUGUGGAAGAUCAAAAGAUUUUCUACGACUGGAAUCCCGGGUGUCACUGGUUACCAAAGACGUUCCUGCUUAACUACCAAACCAAAUAGAAUUUGGCCACAAGCAAGCCUGAAAUCGAUUAAAAUGCCAAAAAGGAUGCUUCGCAUAUUCCGGAAAAUGCGUCAUUAUUUACCCGGAUAA